UUAAUGUUUACAGUCGCGCUUGCGUUGCACGUGUGCGCACGUUGACUUUUAAAACGUUGCCAAAGAUGCUUUACCUCGUCGGCCUGGGUCUCGGUGAUGUCCGUGACAUCACAAUAAAAGGUCUAGAGAUUGUCAAAAAGUGCUCGAAAGUGUACCUCGAAUCCUACACGUCGGUACUGUCUGUCGGCGCGGCGCAGCUGGAAGAGUUCUACGGGAAGCAACUAAUAGUCGCUGAUCGUGAACUCGUGGAGCAGGGGUGCGCUGAUAUGCUUGAAGCUGCCGUCGAAGAGGAGGUGGCAUUUCUGGUAGUCGGCGAUCCGUUUGGUGCCACCACGCACUCUGACCUGAUGCUUCGUGCUCACGAGCGGGGUGUCAAGACGCAAGUUGUUCACAAUGCCUCUAUUCUGACAGCAGUCGGCUGCUGCGGCCUUCAGCUGUACAACUUUGGUGAGACGGUAUCCAUCGUCAUGUGGACAGACACGUGGCGGCCACACAGCUACUACGACAAGAUUGCUGCCAACCGCAAGCGAGGUCUCCACACGCUGUGCCUCCUCGACAUCAAGAUGAAAGAGAAGUCGAUAGAGAACCUCAUCAAGGGUCGAGACAUCUAUGAGCCACCACGCUUCAUGACAGUCGCAGAAGCAGCCUCCCAGCUGAUCGAGAUACUCCAGGUGAAAAAAUCUGAAGGCGUUCCUGCAUCAGAAUUGGCCUAUAACGAAGACAGCGCCUGUGUCGGUCUGGCUCGUGUUGGCAUGGAAACGCAGCAGAUCACGUGCUGUUCGCUCAAGGCUAUGUCAAACUGCGACCUGGGGAGUCCCCUGCACAGCCUUGUGAUUCCUGGCAAGCUUCAUCCAAUGGAGAUCGAUAUGUUGAGGCUGUUUGUGACGAAUCCGAUUUGGUUUGACGCUGUCUGCAAGGAGGGAAGUUGAUGAAUUUCACGAGUAAAGAUGAUCUAAUGAUAACUUG